AUGUGUUUCAGUCCGCCGCCUAAGAAAAAGAAGAAAAUGACAGAUAUCAACUUCGUUUUUGGGCCCGGUGGUACUUGGGCGUUAUGGAUGAACGCUCGCCCAUGCGCAAAAGAGCCGCCAUAUUAUCGAAGUUCUCUGAACCUGCCUCUCGACCUGGAGCAAAAGCUGUACGGCCCUCAAGCAGAUGCCGUUGUAGUCCAUUCAAUAGCUCUCGGUCCACACGGCAACUUCGUUUUGGCUUACAAGCCCCUGGAUCGAGACCAUGAAGUUUUGUGGCAUCUAAAUCACAAACUCGACCGCGGCAACCAGAACUUAAUAGUGCAGAGACACGACAAGAAGACGCUUCGCGCCGCGCUCGGGGCAGAAGAAGACUUUUUUGUCGCCUCCAAGACUGUUGAUAGAUGCCAUUCCUCGACAGAUCUUAUCGAAGAGUACGCGACAUCUCUUGAUCGAGACCAGGUGAAGUUUGUUGCAUUUGGCGUAUCGAAUUGUGGGGUUGUUCUCGACAAGUCGGGCUCAUUAGGUGAGAUGGGAGAUUUGAAGACAUAUUACGGAACUCUCCUUUCGGAUCUAGCCAGCCAGAGACAACUGAAUCCAUCCAAUGCCAAAGUCCGCGCCGUGGCUUUAAACCCAUUCAAAGCCGACGAACAUUUUGUGGCCUUCGACGAUGGCAGAUGCUGUUUCAAGUGUGAGGCGCUGGGGAGGUUCGAUUCCAACAACCCAUCUACAAGCAGCGGCGCGGCGCGGGCUUGCGAGGAUAUCAUCAACGAGUGGAGGAAUUACAGACGCCGUGGUAGUCCCGGCAAUGAUCGCUUGGUACCCACCCGGAUCACGCAACCGACACAGACGACUGACAAUUUUCAAGUCCCAAAAGUCCUCCCCAACGUCGAGGACGAUUUCAAAAAUGUUCGCUGUAUUGGCUUCUUCCCUUAA